CAGAUAGACCUUACUUAUGGUUUUUCGCAUUUAAUUUUGAGAAUACAACGAUGUCACUCCAGCUCAAAGUUAUCAUCGGAUUUGCUUUACUGUGUGGAAUAUUUAUUACAGGAUUUGCACAAGACUGCCCUACGGGAUGGAACAAACGAAACGAUUUGUGCUAUUAUUUUUCGGAAGACUACGAGGCUAUGACAUUUACUAACGCAGAGUCGUUUUGCGAAACGAAUGGAGGGACACUCGUCACAUUAUUGACAGUUGACGAAAGAGAUUGGGUUACAACUCGAUUAGCAAUUGGUACGAGGCCGCAAAAGUAUUGGAUCGGCUUAACAGAUCUUAAGCAAGAAAAUGUCUACAGUUGGAUUGAUGGAAAUGAUCUAGACCCAGCAGUAGCAAAUUGGAAACUUGGAGAGCCAAAUGAUUCAAAUAAAGAAGACUGCGUUGAAAUUUGGAUUGAACAAAUUCCUCUGAUGCCAUAUGACAAGAAAUGGAAUGAUAAGUCUUGUUCUGCACAACUUCCCUUUGUGUGUAAAAGAACUAUAGGUGAUGUCCAGCAAUGUCCGGUCGAUUGGACAAUGGUGAAUGGUCGCUGUUAUCAAGCGUUUUAUUCUCUUGCUAAACAAUGGUUUGAAGCGGAUCAGGAAUGCAGAAAUCGGGGAGGAGAUCUCGUAGCUAUUGGAGAUUCCACUGAACAGCUUGCAGUACAAAAUUUUAUUUCAACCUACAACACCAAAUUUUGGAUUGGACUUUCUGAUACUGCUUCGCCUGGUAAUUAUGCAUGGAGUGAUAGAGUGACAACGUUUUCAUAUAAUAACUGGGACAUCAAUCAACCACCUACCAGUCCUCAAUAUUAUGGAAGCAGUUGUGUGGUGAGUGAUAAUACCAGAGGAUAUAAAUGGGUCACUGAGAGAUGUGUUGAAGAAAGACCAUUCGUCUGCGAACGUGGUUUGAGAGCUCAAUGUCCUCAGAAUUGGGCAUACACCGACGGAAAAUGUUACGAAUUUGUUGUGAAUUCUGCUAGAAAAGCAACAUGGACUGAAGCAAGCAGAAAUUGCCAAGCAGUAGGAGCGGGUUUAAUUAAGAUUGAAUCAGAGCAGCAACAGCUUUUCGUGGCAACAGCUUUUGAACAAUAUGGCUCCAGCAAUCGAGAAAUAUGGAUGGGAAUAUCUGAUAUUGGUCAUGAUGACAUUCUUCAAUGGUGGGACAAACAACCAAUUCAAACUGCUUAUUGGGACACUAAUCCGCCUCCCAUUGUUGCUGGUCGAGAUGAUUGUGCAAAUUUAUACACCGGAAAAGGCAACAACAAUUGGGAAAUAACUGGAUGCUAUUUACAACUCGGAUAUAUUUGCGAAAUUGCCGAGGGGAAAAGUUUAGCAAGUUUGCCAGUUGUGACGGUGCAAGGAAAAUGCGAAGACGGGUGGAGGCAUUAUAGCGGAAAAUGCUAUCUCUUUUGGGAUCAAGAAUUAAGCCAACAGGCAGCUAAUACACAUUGUAGAGGGAAAACAGCGGAACUUGUAUCGAUUCACAGUCAGGAGGAACAGUCGUUUAUUGUUGGACACCUUCCGUCCAACAGCUGGAUCGGACUAAACAAGAUUUCAAAUGGAGUUAGUUGGACAGAUGGUUCAACUGUUGAUUACCAGAAUUGGCGAGAUGGAUAUUCAACAGAUGAUGGAUGUGUUUUCGUAAACAUGGUUGGAGAAUGGGAUGUAGCACAAUGUGCUGUUGCAAAGUCAUUCAUUUGCAAGAAAGAUGACAUUCCAACUGAGGUGAUGACGUUGGCGCCUCCAACAUACGUCCCUGAUCUAGAAAAAUGUGGAGGUAAUGGAUGGGUAUCAGAUCCACAGUCUCCAAACUGCUACAAGAUCAAUUUACAACGGCGUUCGUGGAAUGAUGCCAGAUAUCAAUGCCAAGUUGAUGGCGGUGAUCUUGCCAGCGUAAACACGCCGAACGAGCAAAUAUUUCUUCAGAGCAUCGUCAAAGCCGUUUUAUCGGAUGACAAAUUAUGGCUUGGUGGCAAUGAUAAACACAAUUCCAUUGUCACGGAUCAAGGUUGGAGAUGGUCAGACAGUUCACCGUUUAACUAUAUUCAUUGGGUAUCUGGUGAGCCCAAUAACCAAAACGACGAAGACUGUAUGCACAUGUGGUUGGGUGACGGUAAAUGGAAUGACGCUGAUUGUUACGCCUAUAUGGGUGCAAUUUGCGAAAAAGUGGGUAACAACGUUGUCCCAAACAUUGCCGAUUCAAAUUGCAGGAGUAAUGAAGCGUGUUGCUUUGAUCACAUUGGUUGUGAGUUCCACGGCGGGAUUCCGGAUUCUUCAUUUUCUGCUUCAACUGAAAAAGAUAAAUGGUUUGCUGCAACAAGAGGAAGAUUGAAUACACCUGCUGAUGUUGUUAUUCUGUCAGGUUCAAACCCGGAAAUUUAUGUUGGAACCGGCCAUGGAGCUUGGGAACCACAGGACAGUGAUCCCGAUCCGUAUCUUCAAGUUGAUCUACCUACACACUAUGAAAUCAAGGGUAUAAUAACACAGGGACGUAAUGGAUUACUCAAGCACGAAGAAAUGCAAUGGACGAGAACAUAUAAAGUGUCUUACAGCCAGGAUACUUCUACCAUAUCAACAUGGACAUUCAUAACAGACGCAAGCCAGGAUGUCGUGAUUUUCGAUGGAAAUUUUGAUCAGAACACCAUGGUAACAAAUUUCUUCCCUCGCCCAAUCAUUGCUCGUCAUAUAAGAUGUCAUCCUAUGGACUACAGAGACCGUAGAGCUUUACGUUUAGAAUAUAUUGGAUGUAGAGCAUCCUGUUUGUACAAACUGGGAAUGAACUCUGGUUAUAUUCCUGACAAUAAAAUAACAGCGUCAUCUACGAGAGCAGGACACGAAGCAAAGCAAGCCAGGGCACCUGUGGAUAACACACAAUGUUUAUCCAGUGCUGGUAGUAAUGGCAAAGACUACAGAGGAUGGAUUUCUAAAACGAAAAACGGAAAGACUUGCCAACCAUGGAACUCACAGACACCUCACCCUCAUUCAAUGGUUUAUCAGAACUAUCCAGAAGCUGGUUUGGUUGGUGAUUUCUGCAGAAACCCCGACGGCAGAUCGGAAGGACCGUGGUGUUACACACUUGAUCCUGACGUACAAUGGGAAGCAUGUGAUAUUCCAGUUUGUCCAAAUUACACUCCUACCGGUUGGCAACCUUCUGGUAACAGUUACGGUGAAUGGGUGCAAGUUCAAUUUGAUACACAUUACAAGGUCAGUGGAAUCACCCUUUAUGGUGGAGACACAACUGGAGGAUAUGUGACGGAGUAUGUUCUUUGGUUUAGUGACAGCGGUUUCAAUUUUAGACAAUACGUUGAUAUUGACAAUACAGCUCAUAGAUUUGUUGGAUUAGAUGGAAAGGUUUCUGAAUAUAUGGAUAUUUUAUCGGAACCUAUCAGUGCAAUAUAUAUUAGAAUUGAACCGACAAGUUUUUUCGGAUCACCAGUGUUAAGAUUUGAAGUAAAUGGAUGCUACAUUGACAGAAAGAUCACUUGUUCAGAACUCGCUAGCAAUUUCUUGGAUGAAACAACUUUUGGUGUCGAUUGUCCUGCUGGGUGUUUGGAGGACGCUUCGGUUGACCCGGUAUUUGGGACUGACAUCUACACCACGAGUUCCGCAAUCUGUCCAGCUGCAAUUCACGCGGGUAAAGCGAAUGAUAAACUCGGGGGUGCUGUGUUUGUUACAAUUCGAGAGGGUCAGUCAUCAUACGCCGGAUCAUAUCAACACGGAAUAACAUCCGAGUCAUACGGAGCUUACCCAUCAUCAUUUUCAUUUACUGGAUAUACUCUUGGUUGUGAUGACGGAUGGUAUACAUGGGGAGACAACUGCUACUGGCAUUCCCCAAAAGGUGAUGUAAGAACAUGGCAAGCAGCAAGAACAGCAUGUUUAAGCAUGGGGGCAGAUCUGGCAUCUAUUGGGUCAUCAGGAGAAAAUGAUUUUAUGGAAUCUUUGCUUAUUAAAAUGGAAACUGGCAAUAUAUUUGCUGGUGGUGAUGACGCUUGGAUCGGAAUGUCAGAUUUAGACAUUCAAGAUUAUUAUUUGUGGUCGGACGGAUCUCCAGUAACUUACACAAAAUGGUUUUACCGUGAACCAAAUGGAAACCAAGAACGCUGUGUACAAAUAUACAUCCAACAAGGAUAUUGGAAUGAUAUAGAAUGUGAUGUAACAGAACCUUAUAUUUGCAAAAGAGUAAAACAAUUCAAACCGCCAUCGACAACGAUAUUUCCACCCACAGAUGCUGGAUGUGAACCUGGCUGGACUGCUUUUGGCCCGUCUUGUUAUAGAGUGAGCAAUGAUGAGUUCAUUCAAGCAUAUGCUGAUAUUCAAUGUCAAGAAAUGGGAUCGAGAUUAGUCAGCAUCCAUGAUGACUAUGAACAAGCAUUUGUCCAUGCAUUGGUGACAUCACAACUGCCAGCAUUUUCUGGAUACACAGCAUGGAUAGGAUUUACAGCACAUACCGAUAUUCAAGGAGGUCAAUAUUUUACAUGGCAAAGAUCUGAAGAGAUGGUUACAUACACUCAUUGGGAUGCAGGCGAACCAGACGCUAUGCUGAAGUGUACAUUCCCAUUCGUCUACAAAGGUGUGACAUACUAUGAAUGUACCACUGUCGACAACCCAGUUGUUGUCAAUGGCGCGUCUUGGUGCAGCAUAGACGCACAAUGGUCUGGUCGGGCAAAUUAUUGCGGAAACGAAAACCCACAAGGAUGUACAUACAUGGACGAUAGAACUGGUUACUGGAACUUGGAAUUAUGUAUCUUUGUUCGAUAUUAUAUUUGUGAAAAAGACAGGGCUGGUUAUACCCAGCCAGUAGUUACUACACCCGACCCCAAUGUUCAGUGUCCAACUGGAUGGAUGGGAAACGAAAACACAGUUUCUUGUUAUCAGAUAAAUGAAAAAACAGACCGCGCUGAAAGACUAACAUGGGAUGACGCAUUGGACAACUGCAGAGCACAAGGCGCCGAUCUCCUAUCUUUGCAUAGCUCAAUCGAAGAAUCUGCUGUCUGGGAUUUUGUAGCUCAAACAGCUUUAUAUUCAUACACAAGCUUCUGGAUGGGACUCAACAAUAAGAACCCAGAUGCUGGAUACGUUUGGACUGAUGAAACACCUGUUUCGUAUACUAAUUGGGCUGGCGGAGAACCUAGUGAUCAUAAUGGAGCAGAAAAUUGUGUGGAAACUCAAUUGACGUAUGGCUCAAUGUGGAAUGAUUUGAAUUGUGAUGCACUACGUAAUUGGGUUUGCAAGAUUGGGAAGAGAGAUACUCCGUUACCACCACCCACUCUACCUGCACCACAAGGCACUGAAUCUACGGAAUGUGGAACAGAUGUUUUAUGGAUAAAAUUCACUGCAUCUGAUGGAAUAGAUAAGUGUUACCAUUUUGAAACUGCAGAACCACAUUCGUGGCCAAAUGCUGAAAAAAGUUGCGCUGAAAUGGGCGGACAUCUUGUGUCCAUGCACAGCAUUGAAGAAAAAUCUUUUGUCCUCAGUAGAAUCGCAAGUUCUGGAUUCGAGCAACAUUGGAUAGGAUUGAGAGAUGUUGCACUUCAACAAUGGGCCUGGUCAGAUGGUUCAACUCUCAACUACGUUAACUGGGCACCUGGUGAACCAAAUAAUUAUUUGGAAAGUGAAGGAUGCGCUGAGAUGACCGCACAUGAUGGUAAUUGGAAUGACGAUAACUGUGGACUAAGACAAUCCUACAUCUGUAUGAAAAACAUGAACGAUGUCGGUGGAAUAACUUUUCCACCUACCAUUCCACCAGAGGGGAAUUGUCCAUCCGGUUACUAUCGUUUUGGAAGCAAAUGUUGGACAUAUGGUGGCUUGGCAUCUGGUGAUAGACUAAACUGGUAUGAUGCAAGACAAAGAUGUGAAAAUAUCUCAGCUACUUUGGCUGUUGUUGAAAACGAAUACGAACAGGCAUACGUUAGCAGUUUGAUGUAUUACAUUGGAAGAAAUGCAUGGAUUGGCAUGUGGGGAUCGUAUUGGAAUCCAUUUGUUUGGAUAGAUCAAUCAUCAGUUUACUACACAAAUUGGGGAUCAGGACAACCUGACUUUUAUGGCACAUCUUGUGUGAAAAUGGAUUACGCAUCUCACACAGCUGGUAAAUGGAAUGAUGACGAUUGUUAUGGAGUAAACGCAUUCAUUUGUUACCAAGAUGUUUCAGAAGAAAACCCUCCACAAGAGGCAACACCCAGACCAGAGCAAUGUCCCAAUGGUUAUAAGUUAUAUGGGGAUGCAUGCUUUAAAUAUAUGAGCACUUCGGCAACAUGGGAUGAUGCUCGAACUAUGUGUCAAAAUGAAGGAAAAGGAAUAGAUCUUGUGAGUAUCUAUCAAGGAUAUGAAAACAACAUGAUAAAAAGUAUGUUCUGGCAAAGUAUCUCGGCUGAUUCUAUGUGGAUUGGAAUGCAAUAUCAGACAACAACCAGCACACCAUUGACACCAAUAGAUUCUCUAACGGCAUCACCAAUCUUGACGGAAACAACGUUUACAUGGGCGGAUGGAUGGCCAGUUGAAUAUACCAACUGGGGAGUCGGUGAACCAGAUGUUGAAACUGCAUCACAGAGUUCAGGAUGUGUUUAUAUGAACAGGGACGGUUCGUGGAGCGUAGUUUCAGAAACUGGUUCAGGAAUGUCGUGUGGUGCAACAUUACCUUUUAUGUGUAAGAAGUCAUUGGUUUCUAUCCCUACCCCACCACCAACUCCUGUAGACAUAGAAGGAACAUGUGAUCCGGGAUUCGUCGGAUAUGGAGCUUAUUGCUAUUAUAUUGAGCGUGGUACUUCUAGCGCAUUUACUCGCUCGUUCUGGGAGGCAAGAGGGGAAUGUGAAACGAGAGGAGCAACACUUGCAAGUUUCCAUGGUGAAGACGAAUGCCUAGCAAUAGUCAAUAUGAUUACUGGAGGAUCACACAACUUAUGGACUGGGUUAACGCACGAUGGAUUCAGUGGUUGGAGAUGGGUAGAUGAAACACCAGUUGAUUUUUUUAACUGGGUACCAGGUGAACCUAACGGAGUUGAACGUGGUGAAGUCUGUGUUGAAAUGUAUCCAUGGGAUGGACAAUGGAAUGAUGUUGACUGCUUCCAGGAUCGUGGAUACAUAUGCAGAGUACAUAAAGAAUAUGCCUAUUGUGGAGCGGUUCCCGUAGACUUCCGUGAAGACUGUGGUUACACUGGUAUUGAUGAAUCUGUUUGCUUGAGAAGAGGUUGUUGUUGGGAUGAAACUGUGUUUAAUUCAAAUUUCUCGGGCUGUUUUUAUCCAGCAAAUUACGAAUUUCCCUCCCAAGAACCUAUCCCAUCAUCCGGGUUAUCUGGAGGCGCAAUUGCUGGAAUAGUAAUAGGCAUACUUCUACUUGUUGUUAUUGCUGGUGUGGCUUUCUGGUUCAGCAGAGAUGGUAAAUCGGUUCCGUCGUUUUCUAUGUUUAGUGGAAAUAAAUCAUCACAACCAUCAACUGUUUUUGAGUCGGGUACUAAAUCUUCAGGAUUCGAUAACCCAGUAGUGGGUCUUGAAGGGAGCACUCCUGCGUAGAGAGAAUCGGAUUAUAGCCUGAAAUCAACAAUGUACAAAAUGUACAUAGAACUCCUCAUCCUCCAUCUUUUAUAACAGAUUUUUUCACAAUACCGAAUUUUAUUGAAUUUGUGAUAAUUGAUUCCAGCUAGCAGAAUAUUUUCAGAAAAAAAAAUCAAAAAAUUUGCAUUCAUUCCAACAACCAGACCUACGGGUCUUGAUAAAAUUUUAAAUAAAGCUAUUGGAGAGCUGUAUUCAAAAACCCAAACCAUUGUACCAAUAGGUGCAAUCUCACUCGUUAUCAUUAUUACACCGUCUCCACAACAAAACAUCUUUCAUUUUUUAAACUCGAAAUUUGGAUUAUCAAACUUUUCUAAAAAGGCAGAUAUAUUAGCAUGUAUGGCUGGUUUAUAUUACUUAGGAUCUAACCAGCGGUAACUCAAUAGGCAAGUUGAUGCCUCUUAUGGUUUAUUCAUAUCCAAAAUAGUUUUGAGUGCAAGCGAUGUUUUUCUCCGUAAUGUAACAUAUGCUGUCAUAUCUGCAUUACCUUUUGUAUCACAUGAAUCGAAGUUUAAUCAACGCAUUUUAACAAUGCUGAAUUGGACAACUGAUAAAUAAACGGUGUGUGUCAUUUCAUACUAUUCAUAUAUGGUUUAAAAUCUUUUCAGUUUUUGUCAUUCCCUUCGUUUUUACUGAUUUUAAGUUAUCAUGAGUUCAUAAUUAUUACUGUGAUAUUUCUCAUUGUGCAAUAUGAAAAUAUAAUUGUAUAUGCAAAUUUUCGUU